ACCUUACGGUGCCAGGACCGCAGAGACGGGACUCUCCCGGCCAUGGCCGAUUAGGUUAGGGUUUCGACGGUUGCCGCCGCCGCAUCGCGUAAAGGGGUCGGGGUGCUCGAGCACGAGCGGAGGGCGCCGUCGGUGUGCGUCCCGAAAAGGCGGCCGCGGGCACGGGCUCGAGCGGAGAGAUGCUGCACGAGCAUGAGCACCCUGCAGCAGAGGACAUUCCCGAAUCUGAUCCCGACGAGUGUGUAGUUGAUGUCAAGAAAACAGAGUUGCACAUACAAGAUAUACGUGAAGCGAAACUUUUGAUCCAAGAGCUGAAUCAAUCGGGCGUGGGAGAGGAUAUCAGCGAUGAGGAGUUCCUUGCUUACUUUGACCAGCUGGCUCCCGGGCCUCCGUGGGUUGAUCUCAAAGCUGGGCUGACAGAAGAGGGUCUCGUUCAGCAAUACGUCGACCAUGCACUGUGCCGCUUCAGAUAUUACAAAUACAAGUUGUCACAGCCCAAGGAAGAGCCGCAUGGUGAUAACCUUCUCGAGGAAGAAGAGGACGAUAAGGAAGAAAGGGAAUAUUUAGCUACAUUGACAGAGAAGCAACUUCUUUUCCUUGAGGAAGAUGACGCUACAUCGGAAGAGGAUGAUAACCUUAUGGAUAAAACUGAGCAUGACUGUAAUAUGGAGUUUCUUGAGGAGAAGGGAUUUUUCAUUAGCUUUGAAGAAGACGGAACACUCGAUUGGUUUUUCUACCCUGCUUACUGCGAAUGUGCUUCCCUGAGUGACUAUCAACGCCUAGUCCUAAAAAAUUAUGGUGGUACCGAGUACAGCAUGUGGAGUGACUACCAUAGCUACCUUCAUAGCUAUGAUAUUGAACGAGAGUAUCUCAAGUACUGCGAGGAAUUAUCCAAGCGACUGAAGUGGAUGGAAGAUUAUGUCGAUAUUUGCCGCUCAUCCGUCAAAUGGGGUAAAAUAUCUUCCCGAGGAGCAUUUCAAGCAAUUAAGAUUGCUGCUACUAGCUUUCCCAAGAUCACUCCUACUUUAGCUUACAAUGGCUUUGAUGAGUAUAAAGAGCGCAUUUGCUAUUAUCAUACUUGGUUUAAGGAGUAUGAUCGUUUGUACUUUGAGAUUUGGCGGCGGGUCACAAAGGGAACGAGUUUCUGAAAGGCUAUGGAGGACGUUUGUAAGAUGAACAAGUUUCCGGUACGACAAGGUUUAAUGCAAACUGCGCUGGACCAUGAGUACACCAUGACGUUGCUGGAAGAGGACUUCCAUACCUGCACGGCAGCCAUUCGCCCUGGAGUUAAAGAGGAUAAAGCUAAGGAGUUGAUUGCAGACAGAGUUAAAAAGCUGGUACUGCAAUUUGUGAAUUCACCUCUGGAUUAUUCAUGGAGUUAAAUACACUAGGGGUGCCUCAACUUGUUUGGUACGGUCAGUUUGGUGCCUAAAGUUGUAAAAUACAUGGAACUGAUGCUCGAACUUGUCUGGUUGUGCAAAUACGGUGCUUCCUUCCGUAUCCAGACGUAUGCUAUGCCGGCAUGGAGUGACAGCGUGGCGGUGGCCCACAUGUAAGUGGCUGAGAGCAGGGGAGGAGCUGGGUAGCCUACGCGUGAGGAGUCGCCUCAUAUUUUAUUUAAUCACGUAUGAAAGCCAAUAGUAAAAAUAAAUUGCAUGAUUUAGAAUCCAUGCUGAGAUCUCACAGUCGCAGAUUGUA